AGUGUCACAAGCGAUCUCAUGAACUAUCAUCAUUUGGGACUAUGCAAAACACGACUUGAUGUGCAUGAGGCGUUCAGCAAUUCAUUAAGACAGUAGAAGGAGAUCAAAUAAUUAUGUUCCAUCCUCGUCCUUGUGGAUGUAAGGGUCAACGCAGCUGCCUUGUGUGCGAGAAGGACUACGGAGCCGAGACUAACCACUCCAGCUGGGUUACUGAGAAGGACAAGGAGUGCUCCUAUGUGUAUUGUCCAUUGUGUGAGCUUGCUUGGCCAGGAUGGAUGACAGACAGCUGGAAAGUUCAUCCACUCCAUCAAGGUGACUCUGUCAAAUUCCCUGGAAUAAAAGUAAUAUUGGAUUUUAUAUCAGAAGAAGAAGAGAAGUUCCUCUUAACUCAAAUUGAUGAAAUUCCAUGGGAUUCAUCACAGAGUGGGCGGCGUAAACAGAAUUAUGGACCAAAGUGCAAUUUUAAGAAGCGGCGUGUGAGGACUGAAACUUUCGUUGGUUAUCCAGCAUACACCAAGUUCAUUCAGGAUCGCUUUAACACAGUUGACAUCCUUUGUGGUUUCCAGACUGUUGAGCAAUGUUCACUUGAUUAUCCAGCAGAAAGAGGUGCUUCCAUUGAUCCCCAUAUUGAUGACUGUUGGAUUUGGGGCGAAAGAAUUCCUACACUGAGCCUGUUGAUAGACUCUACACUUACCUUGAGGAAAUAUAGGGGACCAAAAACUAAGUAUAACUUAAUUGAUAUGAGAGAUUACCCUCUUAUUGUGAGAAAAAAUGGCACUGUGAAAGAAGAGAGAGAAAUUGAAACAGAGCUAAGUGAGCUACAUAUAAACAAAAUUAGCACUACAAACACGCUGACAAAUUUGCAAGAUACUAAUAGUAGUAAGAAUGAUGAUCCAUUAUUAAGAAAUAUUGAAGAAAGUGUAAUACGGGUGCCCAUGCCACAUCGUUCACUCGUCAUUCUUUAUGGACCCGUCAGGUAUGAGUGGGAGCAUGGCAUAUUAAGGGAAGAUAUUCCAUCUAGAAGGGUAUGCAUCACGUAUAGGGAACUCACUCCAACCUACCUUAAAUAUGGGCAAAAAGCAGAAAUUGGUGAACAGAUUCUAAAAGCAAGCAAAAAUUUCUGGGAUCAUUAAACAUACUGUACUAGGGUUUUUAUUCUUUCAUUUCAGAAUUUUUGUCUUUCACAUUUAUUGCAUUUAGAAACAGGAAACAUAUAUUUGUAAGCAAAAUAUUAUCAUCUCUACAAUAAAGUUCCAAACCUGUUCAACAAGUUUCCAAUCAUUGUUUAAAUGUUUAACAAGCUCUCAUUAAAAAAUGAUGGUACCUAUAGUGAAUGUUGAUGGAAUGUACAAAACAAUGACUCACCAUUUUAUGGUGCAACAAUUUUUUUUUUACUCAAAUUACAGAGGGACUGACUUGAGAAAGAAAGUAGCAACAAAACCUAACUUUUCUUAAGUAUAGUAUAGUAGAUGUACUGAAUUAGGCCAAAGAUUGUAUAUGUUAGGCCUAGGACACUAUAGGUUUAUGGUUAUUCAUUGUUGAAUUGCAAUUGUACAUUCCACCCAUGGUAUAGCCACUAUCCAGCCAAAAAUACCCACUAUCAUUUUUGCUCGAGUUUAUUUAUCACAGCUCACAAUUUUGUUUUCCUAAACAAAUUAAAGGUACAAUACAGUUCAUUAUUUCAAUGUGCAGAGUUAUAAUUAUAUACAAGUUUGAUUAGUGAAGGACAAUCAUAUAGGAUAUAACUGUUGUAGAUUAGCAUACUAUAUAUAUAUAUAUAUAUAUAUACACUUUAAAUAUGUACUGUAUAAGGGUGCACAAGAUUACAAAAAUUAAAAAUAUUUAACUUAA